GAGGAUAAUAAGAAAAUUCCCGCUGACUUAAAUUUAGCAAAUUUACUGCUGUUAUAAUGUGCAAAGGUUGUUAAGCUACUAGAAUUAACUAAACAGUGAUCAUUCUGUAGUGAUAGUUCGUCCAAUUUUAAUGACUGCGUAAUAUUCAGUCAUGCUGAUACUGUUUGCGAUACCGCUGUCGUCGACGGAUGUUUCUGCAGGAUGACAUGGACAGAGAGGUUCCUUUAGCAAAGGGCAACAACAAAGUAUAUUGUGUUCAACGCCUAAUUAUAAAAUUAAUAAGUUUUCAAAAUGGAUGCUUUUCGCCUCGGCGCGAGCCCGGCCAUAUCGACUAUAAUUACGUGUUUCGUCGUUAUGCGGGUCACGCUGCAAGCGGUUUUCGUCGACGGACGCUAUGUUCGACCCGAGGAUUGCACGUGGGAGCCUAUGCCCGACACGACUGGCGUUUCAAUGACGUGCAGCAUUGGUACAUUACAGGACGGACCUAACCCCACAAAUUUUUCCCUGAUCCUGUCAGGACAUACAACCUACUUGACAAUUCUUUGCAAUAACGUCAUGCUUCAAAGUGAUCUAGCGAAUAAUUCAUUCGAACAUUUGCGCGGUCUGCGAUCGCUUCGUAUCGAAUAUUGUAAACUCAACCGAGUGCCGCUGACAGCCUUUCACGGCCUCGUCGGUUUGAAGCGUCUUACACUGAAGACGUACAAUACGGAUAGAGGACAUUCGACUUUGCGUAUCCAGCCAAUGAGCUUCCGACCGCUCAAGAUUGUUGAGUCGUUGGAUCUCGCCGAGAAUAAUAUUGAGUCGUUGCCACAUUCUGUCUUCUGCGGACUCAAACAUCUUCGAUUCGUUAACCUUUCGAGGAACGCCUUCACGAAUGUACUCGAUACGGGUUUCUCCGUCGAGUCGCGAUGUAGUCCUGCGUUGCGUGAACUGGAAUUAGCCCACAACAAAUUUCAGGUUCUAUCGGAGUAUUCGUUCGCAUCACUCAUCCGAUUGGAAGAGUUACGCUUAGAACACAAUAAUAUUGCUAGGGUCGAGCCGACGGCUUUGGCAGGCCUCACGGAGCUGGAGCGUUUAGAUAUUGCUCAUAACACACUCAUUGCUCUGCCCUCAAAGCUAUUUCAGACUACGCCUAAACUGUCGGAACUCUAUUUGCGCAACAAUAGCUUAAGCGCACUUCCACCUAGGCUUUUUUCAGGACUCAGAGUAUUGACCGUACUCGAUUUGGCCCACAAUCAACUCUCUACACUUGAAUGGUUAAGACCCGAAGCUCCAACCAGUCUCUCUCUCCUCAGUGUAGUCGACCUCAGCUACAAUCGGAUAACUCGCCUUGAUUCCAGUGAUUUGCGCGCUCUCGUCAACGUGCAGACAAUUCAGCUUCAAAACAAUUUAAUCGACCAUAUUGGUGAUAACACGUUCGCGGCGCUCGAAAACCUUCAAACACUAGUACUAAGCUAUAAUCGGCUGAAGAGCUUAAACGCUUUGAUGAUGGUCGGGCUCAAAUCAGUGAUGACGCUCCAAUUAGACUAUAAUCGUAUCACGACGAUCCAGCCCAAUGCGAUGCGAAAUAUCUCGAUGCUUCAAGAGCUUAACCUGGCUGGAAAUCGUCUAAGCAGUGUUCCUGUUGCUGUAUCAUCGCUGAAAAUGUUACGUUCGUUAGAUUUGUCUGAAAAUGAAAUUCACGAUGUGACCAAUGCUUCGUACCAGGGUCUUACUCAGCUGUAUGCACUUAACUUAAUGGGAAACAAAAUCGGUAGUAUUAGCCAGGGGGCUUUGAGCAACCUGGCCUCGGUGCGCAUCCUCAAUCUAGCCCGAAACGGCAUUCAGACAAUUGAGCAAGCAACGUUUGAUGACGUCUCCGGGCUCCACUACCUACGAUUGGAUUCGAAUGUCAUUGACGACGUGAGUGGUCUCUUCAGUAACCUGCACGACCUCAUUAUGUUGAACAUUUCUGUGAACAAGGUGCGUUCAUUUGACUAUGCAUUGAUCCCAGUAGGCCUUCAGUGGUUGGACAUUCACGCUAACCAGAUUGAGGCUCUCGGCAACUACUUCGAACUCGAACAGAGCCUCAAGCUGCGCACUCUCGAUGCCUCAUAUAACAAACUAACGGAUCUCGACUCAUCAUCAUUACCCAAUGGUAUCGAAAUUGUUUUUCUGAAGAAUAACAAUUUAAAGAUAAUUCAACCAUUCACGUUUCUUGGAAAGCAGAACCUUACCCGCGUUGACUUAACCAAUAACCAGCUCCGGGUGCUUGAGGUCACCACAUUUCGUCUCAGUGAGGUGCCGAUACGCCGUCCGCUGCCCGAAUUUUCCAUAGGAGGUAAUCCCUAUUUAUGUGAUUGCCAUAUGGAAUGGCUGCAACGACUGCAAGGUCCUAUGUCGAUGGGCAGUGAGGACUCCCGUCAAUAUCCACGCAUUAUCGAUUUACACAAUGUCGAGUGCAAAUUAAGUUUCGCCAAGAACACGCAAAUGCUUCCUCUCGUCAAGCUGCGGCCAUCGCAGUUCUUGUGUCAAUACAAAAGUCACUGCUUCUCGUUGUGCCACUGUUGUGACUUUGAUGCAUGUGACUGCGAAAUGGUCUGCCCCGAUAAUUGUACCUGCUAUCACGACCAAUCGUGGGUUACCAAUAUUGUCGACUGUAGCGCCCAACGUAGACCGGACAGCAACGGCCCCCAACGUUUGCCCAUGGAUGUAAGUGAGGUGUACCUUGACGGCAACGACAUUCAAACACUAAACCCGCAUUUGUUGGUUGGUCGCAGCAGUAUAAGAGUGCUAUUUCUCAACAACUCGAAAGUGGUCACUAUACAGAAUCGCACGUUCAGUGGCUUGCACGGCCUGCGUGUAUUACGUCUCGAAAACAACAACAUAUUCGCUUUUCAUGGCCACGAAUUCGAAGGCCUAUCACAGCUCAGGGAGCUGUACCUGUCUAACAAUCAACUAAAUUCGAUAAACAACGCGACGUUCAAACAUCUAAAAAAUCUGGAAGUUCUUUACCUCGAUCGCAAUUCUCUUGUUGAGAUUUCGAUGUUUAGUUUACAGCUGAACCCUCGUUUGAUUGAUCUUCGCCUAUCGCAAAAUCCGUGGACGUGCGACUGCCCUUUCUCACAGGACCUUUCGCAGUUCCUUCAAGAACGUGGUGGAGCUGUGCGUGACAUCUUCCAAGUGUCCUGUGUGUAUAACGAAACGCGAAUAUUACCCAUAUGGGAGCUCAAUGUGACAAGCUGCCAUAGCGCUCCAACGUUGGUUCAUCGAUUUUAUUUGAACAGCAUAGAGGAUUAUGUGCCUGUAUUCGCUGGGGUUUCCGCAGUACUUCUCAUUAUCAUUAUCGUGAGCCUCGUGCGCUUCUGGUUUUUCAGCGGCUACGGUUUACGCAUGUUUCAUCGUGCGCCUGUCGAAGAAGAAAAGCUGUUCGAUGCGUUCAUUUCGUACAGCAAAAGGGACGAAGCCUUUGUAGCUCAAUUACUCGCUCCGGAGCUGGAGUGCGGCAGCCCGCCUUACCGCCUAUGCCUACACUACCGUGACCUGCCAAUAGCUGGCGGUUAUCUAAACGAGGCCAUCCAGGAGGCAGUCGAGAGUUCUCGAAGAACAAUCGUUAUCCUAUCCGAGCACUUCCUUAAGAGUGAGUGGUGCCGCUACGAGUUCAAGUCUGCCUAUCAGGAGGUGUUGAGCAACAGACAUCACAAGCUCGUUGUCAUCUUUGUCGGCCGUGUGUCGUAUCGUGAAUUGGAUCCCGACAUUCGUACCUGGCUCAAGCAUAGCACAUUUUUGCACUGGGGUGAGAAGAAAUUUUGGGACAAACUACGCUACUCGAUGCCGGAUGCACGCCAUCGCAAAGUCGUGCGCUCUGAUCUCAAUUCGGUCGCCGUACAUAUCUGACAAGCGCAAUUCGACCGAUCCCGGCAGCUAUUAGGAUCACAACGCAAGGAACCGCCUUAUAACAAGCAGGAACAACGGCAAAAUACGCUACUGCAUCGACCAAACCAGCAGCUAUCUCCAGCCUAUCCACCCGCUAUUCUCGAUGUUACGGGAGGCUAUAGUUAUUUCUGGCCGGGCAGCUGCCCAAGUGAUCUACCCUAAACUGAGCCUAAAGGCUGAUGUCCUUGAGAGACUUGGAGGUGCCAGCCACGAAGGAAGAUUCCAAUUUCCGUCGUUCUUUUGAUAUCGACAGUCAUUCAAUGUAAUUGCGUUAAUGUUAACGGUCUAGCGACUGUCAAAAGCAUGCAAGCAAGGACGAAAGUCGUAAAUAUAGCAAGGACCAGUAUGACACAGGAGGCCACGACGAACACAUGACGCAAUAACUCGACGAGCGAAAUGGAUCGACGUACUUGUACCUUGCAGAUAUUAUUGUAUUAUGAGUCUCAUUUUUCGUAGAUGAUGUAGAGGCAUAUGAUGCAGUCAAGGUCAAGGCGUUCUACGGGCUUGACAAACAUCUAGAUAUAUUUUGGUCAACGUGCACAUCGCUAUCGAUAAAAGGGGAAAAGAAAUAGCUGUAUUUUGAUUUAUCCCAUAUUUUUGAGAUUUAAUGGGAUGUGCCCCGUGUCAUGAUGUAAUGAAAUGUGACGUCAAUUGGGUUUCAACGCACCAAUAGCAAUGUAAGCUGUACACAGAUGAUUUUUAAAUGUAAUCGAAUAGAGAUGCUAUAAUCACCCGGGAGGAUAUUAUGUAAAAAUCUGUGUAAUAUAAUAGGUAAACCGUGUACUAGAGAGAGCACUAAGGAAUUAUAAGUUGCGAAAGUUUGACCUUUUAAUGGCUAUCUGUGAUACUCAAUGCACGUGGAGAAGAGCUACGCACCACAUUAUAAGCUUAAUUAAUAAAUGAAGCUAGGUAGAGUUAAUUUGUAUCUUCGAUAAAAGGAAAGAUUAACGUCGCCAGCGGGCGGUCUCAACACUCGUGCUUCAUAAGCUGUCAAUUUCUUCGAUGAAAGAGAUACUGCUCGCUUUAGAUAUCAAUACACUUUAAUUUACCAUUUUCGUACAGACAGUGUGUUAGGGUAGGUUAGGUUGACAACGAAGCAAACGGUAUUGUGAAAACCCCCCAGAGCACUUCGGGAGUGUCCUGAUUGUCCAGUUGUAAUAUUCCGUAUGCAUUGCGUAUGUUAUAUGUGUGAAACUUGGUGAGACUGUAUUUGAAAUUAUAUGGAUAAUAUGCUGAAAUAAACUAACCCUUUGUAACCCACUUGAUAAAACCCACCCACAUAUAAGAAAAAUUGCAGAAUAGGAAAGAUUUAAACUAAACAUUAUCAGCACAAUUUUACUACUUCAUUCCAAUAGGCUUCGUAUUAUCUGCCACCUAAGUCGACCUGUUUAUAGAUCUAAAAAGGUUAGAUGUGAAUUGGGAAUAGUGUUUGGCACAGAGAUGUGUCCAUUGUGCCAUCCCAGCGUUAUCUGAAGAAACCAAACUACAGAGCUUUUGAUUAAUUAAUGUAAAUCAACAUGUAUAUACUUUUUAUUAUGCACGUUUUUGCUCUAUCAUGAAGACAAACAAAGUGCGGUCCGAAGCGAAGAGCUAAAAAAUGUGAAAAAUAACAUCUUAAAAACAAAUAAAACA